UGCCUUAAAGAUUCAAUUCCAGUUUCCAAAGGUGCAACUUUGAUACUCAAGAUUUUUCCUUUUAUGUAGUUUAUGCUUUGGUUUUGUAUUAAAAUUCAUUAUCGUUACUGGAUAAUCUGUUGAAUUGUCUCUCUGGGCAUGCUUUAUUUACAUAAAUCUGGAAGCUGUUCAGCUGUAUCUGUGUUAGCAUGAAUAAUUAUCCAUUUGGGUCAAAUAGUCCAAAGCCCUUCGAUGCAUAUCCAAGGGGUGACUUUGAUAUUGAAUUAGGCACCAUCAAAAGAACCAAAAGGUCUAGAAAUGCAUCGUUUUCCCCUGGUAGAAUGAUUAAAUCCUUGGCUAACAGGCUUCAUUACUAUUACAAGUUACACCCAUUCCUUGUUUUCUUUGUUUCCUUGGCAUUUGGGGUCAUUAUCCUUAUAGUUUUAUCUCUAUAUGAGCACAACUAUAGAAUGCUAAGAAAUUAUGGGAAACUUGAUGAUGGAUUCGGUAAUUAUUAUCCGUAUGCCAAGCUUAAGAAUCUUGUCAUGGUUGCUGGGCAUUCGGUUUAUACAAGUAGUAGAUGUGGAAGAGUUGAUAAGGAGGAUUCUUGGUUUUUGGAGUCGUACCAGAAGAAUCCAGGGCAGGCUGCAACAUUUUUGAGUCACAUAAAGGAAGGAAUUGAAAGCACUGCACGAGAUAAUUCGGCUUUGCUUCUGUUUAGUGGCGGAGAGACUAGGAAGGAUGCCGGUCCUCGGAGUGAGUCACAGAGUUAUUGGACAGUUGCUGAAUCGAAAGGAUGGUUCGGGGAAGAAGAAAGUGUGAAGUGGAGGGCAUUAACAGAGGAGCAUGCAAGAGAUAGCUUUGAAAAUCUUCUCUUUAGUGUUUGUCGGUUCCGAGAGCUUACCGGGGCAUACCCUCAAAACAUAACUGUUGUAAGUUAUGAUUUCAAGGAAGAGAGAUUUGCAAACUUGCACCGCUCCGCGAUCGGCUUUCCGGAGUCGCAAUUCUUUUACACAGGCACACCAGCUUCGGCGACUUCAAAAGAAGCAGCUUUGAAAGGCGAGGCAUUGGUGAGGGCUCAAUUUCAACAAGAUCCAUAUGGAUGUAUCGGAUCGCUUAAGAAGAAGAAAGUAAGCCGUGAUCCUUUCCACCGGUCAAUCCCAUAUCCGAAUGGAUGCCCGGAAAUUGAAGGUCUGUUUAGAUACUGUGGGACUGUUCCGUAUCAAGGUUCACUCCCAUGGGCAUAGCAAGAUUAACCAUAGCAAAAGACACUUGAUCACAUGAUAUAAAUACUUGUUAAAUAAAAUUUCAAUAACCAAAUCAAUAGAGAAUGAAGGUGAAUAUAUA